UAAGAGGCAUUUCUUUUCGUCAUUCUUGUACAUCCGGCAAUUAGUUUGAACUACUUUUACCCAAACCAAGCACCUCGUGUUGAUACAUCCGCCAUUUUGAAAUUAAAGUACAACGUUUGACAAAACGACUGAAGUAAAAUCUUCCUGCAGAAGAGGACAAUGUCAUUUCCUCCUAGACCUCCCAUAGGCAUGCCCCCGAUGGGAUAUGCCUAUGCACCUGUUGGAAUGAUGCCCAUGGGGCUGGGCAUGAUGCCCCAACCGGUCAUGCGGCCAAUAGUGACAACUCAAAGUGCAGUCUCCCAACCAGCCAAACCAUUCAACAGAAAACUAAUUCCACAAGAAAUACCCAAGGAUGAGAAGGAAGAAAAACCUCCUGUGACCACAGUAUUUGUUGGAAACAUCAGUGACAGAGCCCCAGACGCCAUGAUACGACAGAUGUUACAGAGAUGUGGUAAUGUACUCAGCUGGAAACGUGUUCAAGGGGCCUCAGGGAAAUUACAAGCUUUUGGAUUUUGUGAAUAUGAAGAUCCAGAAGCAACUCUGCGAUGUAUGAGACUUCUAAAUGAAUGGGAAAUAGCAGAGAAAAAAUUAGUGGUAAAAGUUGAUGCCAAAACAAAAACACUUUUAGAUGAAUACAUCAAUAAAAAGAAAUCUAGAACUGGUGGCGUUGAAAGUGAAGAUAAAGAAAAGAAAGAAAAUGGAGACAAAGAAGAGAAUGAGACAAAAGUAGAGGAAGACCUGGAUGAAUUCACAAAACGAGAGGACCGGGUGGCAAAGGCUGGCCUAGACGCCAUCAUGAGAGAAUAUGCAGAGGACCUCUCAAAGAAGAUGUUCAUGGAAGUUGAAAAAGAGCCAAAACCAGUCAAAAAGAAAGUUGAAGAAGAAAAGAUUAUCAAAGACACAGGAAUUGAUGACAUUGACAUAGAAGAUGACAAAAGGGAAAUAAUCCACAGAGAAAUCAAAAGUUUCAGGGAUCUCCAUAAAGGAGAGGAUGAGGUUGAAAAAGACGCUGAGAAGGAAAAGGAAAGGAAAGACCGGGAGAGGGAAGAAAGAAUGAAGAUGGUGGAAGAGAGAAGACGAGAGAGGGAGAGAAUGAAGGAAAGAGAAAGGGAAAGGGAACUGGAGAAGGAACGCUAUGAAAGAGAAAGGGAACGCAUCAGAAGUAGGACAAGGUCAAGAUCUAGGUCACCCAGGAGGUGGAGAGAAAGGUCAAGGUCACGAGAAAAGGAGAGAAGAAAGGAACGUGAUAGAGAUGCUGAAGAUGAAGAGGAGGCUUACGAAAGGAGAAAAUUGGAGAAAAAAUUGAGAGAGAAGGAAGCAGCAUAUCAAGAGAGAUUAAAGAAUUGGGAAGCCAGAGAAAGAAAGAAGGCAAGGGAGUAUGAGAAAGAACGAGAGAGGGAAGAGGAGAGGAAAGCAGAGGAGUCCAGAGAAGGAAGAAGGCUGAAGGAAUUUCUGGAAGAUUACGAUGAUGAGAGAGAUGAUGUCAAAUACUACAAAGGCAGCUGUCUAAAUAGACGACUGAAAGAGAGAGAAAAGGAGCGGGAGGCUGAUGCCAGGGACCGACAGAGGGAGAAGGAAGAACUGGAAGAGAUCAAGAGGAAGUUACUGGAUGAGGGACAUCCGGACCCAGAGGCUGAGCUGAUGAAGAUUGAAUUAGAAAGAGAAGAACACCUGAAACCACGACUGAAUAUCUCCGAAGAGAAUUCUCCUGUCCAGCAGAAGGAGCCGAUCAGAGUAGACUCAUCCGAUGAACCGGAGGAGGAGGAGGAGAAGCCACAGUUACCUCCCAACAUGAAAUCCACCCUGAAGCCUAUUGAUGUGUCCAACAGCGUGACCCCCAUGUCUGAGGACAACGACAGCAACUUCCCUCCCCCAGAUGAGGACUCCCAGCCUGUGUAUGGUCCAAGCAAAGAGGAAAAUGCAAAACUAGGAUUUGGAGGACUAAAGUUGGGAAGCUCUAGCAGUCCGACAGAGAGUAUCUCUAGCAAGAGAAAGAAGUUGACUGUUGGUGAUGUGUUUAACCAAGACGAUGAAGAUAGUUCAUCCGGUUCUAAGAAACGUAAACUGGUACCUCUGGAUUAUGAUGAUGACAAGGACGGCAAGAAAGGAGCCACAGCAGAGGAGAAGAGGCUGAAGAUCAAACAGUUGAUCGAGAGCAUUCCCACGGCCAAGGAUGAGCUGUUUGCCUACUCGCUGGACUGGAACAUUGUUGAUCAGGUUCUUAUGGACAAGAGGAUCAAGCCAUGGGUCAACAAGAAGAUAAUUGAGUACAUUGGUGAGGAGGAGCCGACCCUUACAGAUUUUAUUUGUCAGAAAGUGAUGGCAAGGAGUGGACCUCAAGCAAUACUCAACGAUGUAGCUAUGGUGCUAGAUGAAGAAGCAGAGGUGUUCGUUGUGAAAAUGUGGAGGUUAUUGGUGUACGAAACUGAAGCCAAAAAACUAGGUCUAGUCAAAUGAUGACGGUGUGUGGUUAGGCUGUUUAUUCAUUUAUAGUAUAAAAAGUGAUAGUGGGUGUAUGUAUGCAUGUGUAAAUAUGGGUGAUGAAGUAUGCUCGAGCUUGCUCCAGCCUGACGCAGUGCUAGCACGUCUGUCCAUGUUCAUUCAACUUCUGCCUCCGUCACCAUUCCAAGAAGACAAUCCAGGUUUUGACAUUACGGUUGUGGUUCAGACCUUCCUACCAGAUACAAGUGUCACUGACUCAUUGAAACGAAAUCAGGAAAACUACGUGUGUUAUUUUCUAUCAUCGUUUUGCUUAUGAUUUUGGUAUGUGUGUUACGGUGAUGUCAUGAUUUUUCCUUGUUUAUAGGAAAUGUUAUAAAAUAUGAAGUGUAUGCUAAACUUAUCAUGAAUGAAUUUGAGAACUUGUUUAAAUUACACAUUGUAAAUACUCAUGAGUGAAAAACUGGUCCCAUGAAUGAGUGGUUGAUACAUAAUAAAUCAUGUGAUAUUCUC